ACACCCAUGUUUAGCUUCGGGUAACCGAAGCUAUCUUAGUAGUAGAAGCUCUCGCCAUCUGCUUUCCUUCUCUGCCGUGGGCUCUAUUGGGAAACGCCUUUUUUUAGUUUUCGUUUCCUAUUAUACGCAAAGAAGGGAGGAGUGAGCACCGAUUUGUGAUCGGAGGAGCUCUUCGAUCCCUGCAUUUGUCUUCUAGAAGGCUUUUCUUAGAGGGCAAGAUGAUGCACGCCAAGUCUGAUUCUGAUGUCAGCAGCUUAGCCGCCUCCUCCCCACCUCGGUCACCAAAGAGGCCGGUCUAUUACGUGCAGAGCCCGUCCCGGGACUCCCAUGAUGGCGACAAGCUGUCGUCGAUGCAGGCCACCCCUGUUUACAAUAGCCCCAUGGAGUCCCCCUCUCAUCCUUCCUUUGGACGCCACUCGAGGGCCUCCUCAGCUAGCCGGUUCUCCGGAACUCUCCGGUCCUCAUCGGGCCGGAAGGGAAAUCAGAAACGGGUGAAUGAUAAAGGAUGGCCCGAGUGUGAUGUGAUUCAAGAAGAGGGGUCUUAUGAUGAUCUUGAUGAGGAUAAGGGGCUCUCGCGCCGUUGCCAAAUCAUACUUGGACUUCUGAGCUUUGUUCUGCUUUUCAGUGUGUUCUGUCUUAUCAUAUGGGGUGCGGCCCGGCCAUACAGAGCAGAGGUUGUGGUGAAGAGCCUGGCAAUGGAUGACUUUUAUGCUGGAGAGGGUUCAGACAGUACCGGUGUUCCAACCAAGAUGGUCACAGUGAACUGUUCAUUGAAGAUAAAUGUGUACAAUCCUGCUACAAUGUUCGGCAUUCAUGUCACUUCUGGCCCUAUCAACCUCGUUUAUUCUGAAAUUACAAUUGCUACUGGCCAAUUGAAGAAGUACUACCAGCCUAGAAAAAGCCAUCGGACUGUCUCUGUGAUCUUACAUGGAGAGAAGGUUCCUCUAUAUGGGGCUGGGGCUGGCUUGGCUCUAUCAAGCACAGGUGGUGCAGUCCCAUUAACUCUGGACUUUGAGAUCAUCUCUCGGGGUUAUGUGGUGGGCAAGCUGGUAAAGGUAAAGCACCGAAAGCAUGUGUCAUGCCCGCUUGUUGUAGAUUCGCGCAACACCAAGCCGAUCAAAUUCAAGCAGCACUCAUGUACCUAUGUCUGAAUUGUAGCCCCAGUGGUAAGAAAGUUGGUAGCAUGGAGCUGUUAUUUAGCUGUCCAUUAAAUUGAGAGGGAGAGUAGAUGUACUUCAUUUGCCUAUUUGUUUUUCUAGUGAUUAUAUUUGUUAAUUAAAGCAAUAAUGGUAUCUGUUUAAGGUUUGCUGUUUGUUCUUUGAUGCCCUAUUCCUUGGUGGCAUGUGAUGCGGAGUUAAUUUGGUUAUUGAGCAAGGCUUGUAUGUAUUCCAGUACUAAGAGCUAGUGAUUUUUAUUCUGCCGAGUAAUCUA